AUGCCAGUGGAAGCACACGGUGCCGUUUAUUCGCCCGGCGGUGGCGGCGUCUACGGUGGAAAUGACGAUCUGCCAAGGGAGGCCGGUGGCGAUCCGGUGUUUGCGGUGCUGCCGAGCCAGGACGUCAAUCCCGACUACUACAUCACGCAGACGGUGUACGGAUUUCUCGACUUCACCACCACCAUCGGCAACACGGUGAUGAUCUUUUCGCCCCAAAGUGCAGCUCCGGUAGUUACAGAACCACCGAAAACAACAGCCGCACCACCGCCGGUGAUCGAGACGACGCCCAGCACGACGACCACCACGGAGGAAGCGGUGCGGGAGAUCAAACCAAGCAAAACGGUCGUCUUACCGGUGCAGCCCAAGGAGAAGGUCAGCAUCGUCCAGGUGCUGCCGGAAACACCAAAACCACCGACCAGCAAACCACCCGGUCCGCUAAAGUUCGUCCCGAAGGCCGUGCCGAAGGUGGCGAUCAAGCCGAUUCUCAAGCCCAAACCGAAGGUGGUCGAGGUGACCCCGGUGAAGGUGGUCGAGCAGGAGCAACAGCAACCGGAACGGUUCAUCGUCAAGCCGGUCCCGAAGUCGGUCAUCAUCAAACCGGUGGCACCGAUCGUGAAGGUUGUCGCGACGAAGGUUGAACCGACGACAACGACGACCACGGAGGAACCACCGGUAGAAUCAGAGGAGGAAGAGGAAGAGGCCACUUCGGAGGAGCAGGAAGUGGAGCCGGAACAGCAUGAGGAGCAACAAGAGGAGGAAGAAGAACAGGACGCCGAAGAACAGCACGAACAAACUGAAGCGGUAGAAGAGGAACCGGAAGCGGAUGAAGAUGAAGCGAAACCGGUUGAAAAGGUGGUACCGGUUGAACCGGUUCAGGUGACCGAAAAACCGAAAACGCUUGUAGUGGAAGCUGUGAAGGAGGUUAUUGCCGAAAAAGUGACCACGACAUCCACGACAACGACGACCACGGAGGAACCGGAGCUGAAGGAAGAGGAACACGAAGAACACUCGCCGAUAAUGUUCUCAAACAUUUCCGAGGACGAAGUGAAGAGCAAGAAGGUGUCCGCCGAGCCAGCGACGCACGAGGAGCAGCAGGACGAGGAUGAGGAGCACGAGCAGGAGGACGACGAAGAGGACGAGGAGGCGGACGAGCCGGUGCCGGUGCUGCAGAUCGGCAACAACAUCGGCGAGCCGGAGUACGACUUCCUCUCGCGCCAACCGUCCGAGUUCGUCGAGGAGACGUUCCGCGUGGUCAACCUGCGCCCGACGGCGGCCGCAGCACACCCGGCAUCGGCCGCCGCCCAACCGGCGCCCCGCGAGAAGGCGGCCAAGCCGAAGCGAGGUAAUAAGGGCCACCAUCACCCGACCGGACUGGUGACCAAGCUCGGGGGCACCGUGGUCAAGGAGGGCGUCACCACCGUCCACGAGACCAGCGUGAUCGGCACCUACAUUUCAGGAAAGUAUGCGCAGGUCCUACAAAGCACGUCUCAUGUCAUUCAAGGUAACCAAGGUGGAGCGGCAGCGGCGGCGGCUCAGGCGGCCGGCGGCGCCGAAAAUCGGCGCGUCAAGCUGAACCCCAGCUCGACGCUGCGCAUUCUCAAGACGGCGGCGCCGGCGCUGAACAAGACGCCGCGCUACAACCCGGAGGCGGCCUCGAUCAUAACGCCGUCGCCGGCGACGCACGCCACCCUCGAGGACACCGGGCUGCCGCUGGAGAACCUGUUCGCCAGCCAGCCCAGCUCGAGCCUGGUGCGGCCGUCGCGCCGCCUCCCGGGUAGCGCCAGCGGCAACUUCAAGAACCGCCUCAAGAACCGCAUCACCAAGGACGAGAACGAGCAGCAGCAGGAGCAGGCCGAGCAGGAGCCGAGCACGCCGCAGGCCACCGUCACCCCGCAGCCCGCCCCCGCCUACGGCAAGAAGCCCGCCGGCAGCCGCUACCGCAACACGCAGAUCGUAAAGCCCGUCGCCAAGAAUCAGAGAUAUAAUCGUUAUUCUACAUCUAGUGUGGAGUUGGCUACGGUGUCCGUUUUUAGUGAGCCAAGCACCACGACCCCGGGCUAUCAGAACCGGCGCAAUAAAUCCUCACGUAACGGUUUCAAACCAACAUCAUCCCACAGCGCGCAACAGACGGCCGCGGUGCCGCAGCAACCCGCGUCCGACCGGCGAUCGUUCAAGCCCCGGCCGCAACCGUCCGCCCCGCAGGAGCAGGAACCGGGCCAGACCACGAGUCUGUACAAGUUCAAGCUGAACCGAUCGCCGGGCCGCUGGCAGUAUAAGUCCCCGGCCAAGCCGACCGUUGCGAUACGGAAGCAGAGUGCGGUAAAGCCGGUCGGUGCCGGCACGGGCAAGGAUCAGGUACUGGAAAAUCUUACCGCCGCACCGCUUUCCGACACCUCCGUACAGUCUAAUGAUAUUGCGCAGUCACUGCCGGACCACGCGGAGAAGGUGGACACGGACACGGACCUGGACCAGUCCGGCUCGGUGCACGGGAAUGUGCUGAACGACGCCGAGAACGACAACCAGAUCGAGCGCCGCUACCCGAUCGAGACGCUGAAGGUGGAAAUUUCGACGCCGGCCGACUUCCGGGACACGUACUACGAGAUUGCGACUAUCAAGUCGCCCUACACUUUCCAGGUUGGAACGGUCAAGAACACGCGGUACAUCACCGUCACGUCAACAAUCGAGAAGGUACUCGAACAGGAAACGGCCACCAUUACGCCCUCGCUGACGGAACCACUGACGGAGAAUAUCCUCGCCACUACGACGCACAUCGACAAGGAAAGUAAUUUACUUGACUCCAGCAUUGCCACGCUGCCACCUAUCUCGCUUGGACCCGAUACGGAGACACCUCCACUGGAAACCCUUACGGAAACGUUCAGCACCACUCAGGCUAUGCUGAAGACGCACAUUCUGCCAGUGAUCCACGAAGGCGAUACGACUUCCUACACGCUUAUCCAAACGUACCACGUGACACGUCUGGUAACUGCCACCAAGACGCUCCCUCCGAUGGAACUGUACCACUUUGUACCUUCGCGCACUCUGAACGAGUUCAACAGUCGGCUGGAUGAGGCUGGUUCCGAGUUGCACCUCGAGCUGGAGUUCGGUGAUGAUAACGAGAACGAGGACGACGACAAGCCGAAGCGCGAGCGACUACCCUCGGACCUGGACCUCUCUAGCAUCGGUUCGGACUUUGACCUAUCGGAGGUGGACAAGACGAACAUCCCGGAGAACAUCCGGCCGAAGAAGAAGAUCACUGGCAGCAACAAGGACAACCGAGUCACCACGGAAGCUCCCGUCACGACACCCGCCCUAACGCCGGAGCAGCUCCAACAGCUGGCCCUUCUCCGCUUGCUCAACCCGGCUGCCGCCGCCCAGAUUCCCUCGGUCAUCACCUCCUCCAAGCCGGUCUACAAACUGGAGACGGUUUACGAAUCGCACGUCCUCCCGAUCAUCAACGGACACAACACGAUCCUCAGCACCAUCUCGCGCCCGAUCGGAACGAUCACCAAGACGAACUACGAGAUCGUCACCACGACCCUUCCCUCGCUCCCACUCCCGCCCAUCCCGCAGCUCAACCCCCUGCUUCUCCAACAGCAACAGCAACAACAACAGCAGCAGCAGCAGCUCCAGAUCCAGUCCACACCCGUCGUCACGCAGACGAUCGUCACCGAGACGAACAGCAAGGUGCUGAAGCUGACGUUCGGCGCCAAGACGGCCUACACCACGCUCUACUCGACCACGGUCGUGCCGACGGUGCUCACCACCUACCUGACGCAGUCGGUGUCUGUGCAGCCGACGGCGGCCGCCUUCCCCGGCUACUUCCCCAAUCCCUACGCUCCCUUCCCGUUCGUGGGAUAG